UGCAGCGGGGAGGAUGCUCGGCUGGGCUUGAGCCGCGCUCCCAUGCAGCCUGCCCGGCCCCGCCGGCCCCCAGCCCGGCCCUGCCCGCAGCAUGAGGAGGCUCCGCCGGCUGGUGCACCUGGUGCUCUUCUGCCCGCUCUCCAAGGGCUUGCAGAAUCGUCUCCCUGGCAUCAAAGUAAAAUACCUUUUCCUGGCCUGGCUGGGCAUCUUCGUGGGCAGCUGGGUCGUGUACAUGCAUUACUCGUCCUACUCCGAGCUCUGCCGAGGACACGUCUGCCGGAUGAUAAUCUGCGACCAGUACAAGAAGGGGAUCAUUUCCGGCUCGACGUGCAGGGACUUGUGUGACGAACACACCCUCGUGUUUCAGCACUGCCUCUCCUCGUCCCCCACGCAGCAGGUUUACAGUGGGCUCUGGAAGGAGAAAGAGGUGAUCAUUAAAUGUGGCAUCGAGGAGGCCUUGAAGGUAGACAGCAACCCCGAUUCUGCUCCCCGGAGGGACCUGGUUCUCUUUGACAAGCCGACCAGAGGGACGUCGAUGGAUGAGUUCAGAGAGAUGCUCCUGAAUUUCCUAAAAUCUAACCUCGGAGAUCAGACAUCCCUGGCAGCCUUGGUGAACCAAAUCAUCACGAUGGCCGACGUGAACCGAGAUGGGAAAGUGUCUCUGGCAGAGGCCAAGUCCAUCUGGGCGCUUCUUCAGUUGAAUGAAUUCCUCCUCAUGCUCUCCCUGCAUGAGAAGGAGCACACCUCCAAGCUGCUGGGACACUGUGGGGACCUGUACAUCACAGAGAAGAUUCCUCACAACUCUCUCUAUGGCAUGGAUGUCCCUCGCUUCCUCCAGCCACUGCUGCCCUCUGCCAUCCACCGACUUGUUCAUCAGUGGUUUGCCCCAGCCUGGCCCAGGCGAGCCAAAAUCGCCAUUGGCCUCCUGGAGUUCGUGGAGGAGAUAUUCCACGGCACGUACGGGAACUUCUACAUCUGUGAGACCAGCUUUAAGAACGUGGGGUACAAUGACAAGUACGACUUCAAAAUGGUUAACCUGAGGAAGGUGGCCACCGAGAUGACAAUCAGAGGUUUCCUCAAAGGACGUCACUGUGAGCAGAACGUGGACUGCACCUAUGGCAAGGACUGCACGGCGACUUGUGACAAACUCAUGAAACAGUGCAAGAGCGAGGUGGUCCAGCCCAACCUGGCUAAAGUCUGCGGGCUCCUACAGGACUACUUGCUGUACGGAGCGCCGUCCGACCUGAGAGAAGAGCUGCAGAAGCAGCUACGAACGUGCAUGACUCUGAGCGGCCUGGCUAGCCAGAUGGAAGUGCACCACUCACUCGUGUUGAACAAUCUCAAGACUUUGCUGUGGAAGAAGAUUUCCAAUACCAAAUAUUCCUAAUGGGGAAGACAUGACUGGGGGUUACCAAACUGGAAUUUCGUGGGGAGAAGCGGG